AGUAUUCGUUAAACUCGCUCCUAUGUUACGGUUUUUGUUUACAUUUGACAUACAUAAAAGUGGAUUGAAGUUGGUUGAAUCGUUGAGAGUUGAUUACGCAAUGUUUAUAGUAAAUUAAAUCUAAAAAUUUGCAUCUAGUUUCCUAGUGAGAGAGAUCAUUAUGUCGUCAAAAUUACAGCAGCUGAAAACAAAAGGUUUAGCAGAAUAUCGUAAAAGGACUGGUGUAGUUGAAAAUGUUGAAUCCUGCUUUUCUCGACAGUUGAAGGAAUCUUCUUUGCAUCCACGGAUAAUUAAGCAAGCACGUAAAAGUGGCAUGUUGAAUCUUUCAAAUCGGGGAAUUGCAGAAUUGCCUGAUGUUGUGUGGAAUAUUAAUAGUUUGACAGCUGAAGAAUCUAAAUCUCUGUCAUUAUCUUUGGAUUCAAGUGAUGAUGAACGGUGGUGGGAGUAUGUGGAUCUCACAAAACUAGUUUUAGCUUCUAAUACUUUGAAGUCAAUAUCUCCUGAGAUCUCAAACUAUCCUGCUCUUCAGAUUCUCGAUUUGCACGACAACUGCCUAUCAGAUUUACCUGAUACAAUCAGUGAGCUGCGUAAUCUCACAAAAUUAAAUUUAAGUCGUAACCAGUUUGAAUGUAUACCAGAAUGUGUGUUUCAACUGAAGUCACUGAAAAUACUUCAUGCCCAGUAUAAUAAACUCCAUUUUUUAAGUGAUGAUAUUGGAAGCUUGUCAUUUCUUGAAGAAUUGGAUUUGUCCAACAAUAAUUUAAAAAGGCUUUCUCAUUGUAUUGGUUUCUUGUCAAGAGUUUCUAAUUUAAAUAUUUCAAACAAUGAGUUAACAACUUUGCCUGUUGAAAUUGGUGACUUAACUGCUCUGAAGCUCCUUGAUGUUUCUAAGAAUAAGCUUAAAUCAUUACCAGAAUCAAUUGAAAUGCUUCGACAUUUGGAACAGCUUUAUAUUCAGCAUAAUAAUAUUGCUGCUUUUCCUCCUCUAUGUAAUUGUGUGUUGUUAAAAGAAAUUCAUGCAGGUUUUAAUAAUAUUGAUGUUCUUGGGGAUGAUUUUGUAGAAAGCGUCAUUGGCAUCAAGAUUUUGGAUUUGAGAGAUAAUAAAAUUUCUCAACUACCUGAUAACAUUUGUUCCUUGCAAGCUCUCGAAAGAUUAGAUGUAUCAAACAAUAAUUUGUCAAGUUUGCCUUACACUUUGGGUACACUUCCCCAUCUCAAAUUUCUUGCUAUAGAAGGAAAUCCAAUGAGAAGUAUCAGGAGAGAUAUUAUGCAGAGGGGUACUGUCCAACUCUUAAGAUGGUUACGCAGUCGUAUUGAAGAUCCAUCCGCCGUAGGGAAUUUAUCGCGCCUGUCCAUGUCUGAAAUUGAUAGUAGAAAUAUUAACAGUCCUUGUGAAGUUGAUAAAUAUUCUUUGAAAUCUACUAAAGCUUUGUCAUUGAGCAAUAAAAAUGUGAAUACCAUUCCAAAGCAAGUGAUAGAAACAGCUACAGAAUCAGGUGUCACUGUUGUUGACAUAAGUAAAAACAGCAUGGCUGAAGUUCCUGACUACUUUGAAAUGAUUAUUCCUCAGUUAACUGAACUGAAUAUGGGUUAUAACAAACUGAGUAGUAUUCCAUCAUUCAUUGGGCUUGGAACUUAUUUGCACUAUUUGGACCUUCGGAAUAAUAGCUUGCAGAGUUUGCCAAUGGAAAUCUCUAAUUUAGUUCUUUUAAGAGAAAUUAAUAUUUGCUUCAACAGAUUCCAGUCUCUACCUACUAGUUUGUAUCAUUUGCAAAAAUUAGAAAUCAUAUUAGCAUCUGAUAACCAAAUAAAUGCCAUUGAUGUUUCUGGACUAUCCAAACUCCCUGUACUUGCUGUGCUUGAUCUUCAUAAUAACAGUAUACAAUCUGUUCCUCCAGAAUUAGGAAAUGUGACACAAUUAAGGUCUCUGCUUCUUGAUGGAAAUUUAUUCCGCAAUCCACGGCCGGCAAUAUUGGCCAAAGGAACUCCAGCUCUGUUAGAAUUUUUGCAAAGUCGCAUACCUCAAAACUGAAGCACUUUUACUCAAAUUACAGAAUAUUGUUCAUAGCAAUUAGUACUUCUUCAAAGGAAAAUUAUUUUUUUUUUAGUAUUCUUUGUCUGCCUUAUUUUGAUGUAUGUUAUUUAUUUAAGUAAUUAUAGGUUAGAUCCUUAAUUUUUGAUAACAUUAUGUUUUUAAAUAUUUGUUUUCGUGUUAUUUUUGUUUAACAUUUGAAUCUGCCGUCAUUAUAAAUGCUUUCUGUAGUUAUUCUUAAUACAGUUUCAAAAUAGACACACAUACAUGUAUAGUGCUUCUAAGUACUCAUAUAAACAUUUGAUCUGCUAUUACUAAAAGUGUGUAUACAGGAAAAACAAUGUAUAUAAUCUUAAUUAUUCUUAACAUAAUUAAAUGUAUUGUAAUGCCUUUAUUUUACCGUGUUAUAAAAAAUAUUAAAUAUUUUUAAAUUAUGUAUAUUAAGGGUAAUGAGACAAAUGAUCUUGAUUUUGAGGAGAGCAUGUAAAAGGCUGCAAAUUACCUUAAAAGACUACAGGCACCCUACAUGUAUAAAAUAUAGGUAAUACCCAUGUAUUUUUGGCCAAAAUUCGAAGAACAUUAUUUUAAUUUAAUUUUGUAAAUUAUACCUAUUUAUCACCUAGUAAAAAAAAUUUUUAAAUAUUGAUAUAAAUUAUAUAUAUAUAUAUGUAUAUAAUGAAAUAAAAAUAUUAAUAUUUAUAAAAGUAUUUUUAAAAUUUAUGUUGAAAGUGAUUGUAUGUAUAUAUUUAAUUAUCUGAGAACUGUAAGAUCUUAGUGGUUUGAAUCUUAGUUUUAAGGUAUAAUUCAAAAAAUGGGAUAGGUAUGUUUAUGAAGUAAUAAAUAGUAUAUAUAUAAUAUACAUUGAAGAGCUAUUACAUUAUGACCACCCUGUUAAUAACAUGUAGGACUGACUACCUUUAGCCCUCAAAAUUGCCAGCAUCAGGUACAGCAUUGACUCCACAAGAUGCUGAUAAGUAGUCUGAGCUAUCUGGUACCAAGUGCUCACCAACUGGUCCUGAAAUUCACGCACAUUGCGAGGGGGUAGCUUGGCAGCACAAAUUUGGUUUUCCAGGUGGGACUACAAAUGCUCUGUUGGAUUAAUGGCAGGUGAAUUUGGAGGCCAAGACAUGACUUGAAAGUCACUGGAAUGUUCCUCGAACCACACUCUGACGAUUCGACCCUUAUUCACAUGUGCUUUAUCCUGUUGGUAAACACCAUCACCCACAAGGAUACUGUUGUCAUGAAUGGGUGAACCUUAUCUGCAAUAAUAUUCAUGUAGUGCACAGACAUCAGGGAUUGUGGGGAUUAUGGGUCCUGGUGUGCACCAUGAAAACAUUGCCCAAACCAUAAUACCCCCACCACUGGCUUGUCUCUGUCCAACUGUGCAUCCAGGAGCCACUGUUUUGUUUGGAAAUCAGCAUGUUAGCACACGCCCGUUGAUGUAAUGGACCAGAAAAUGUGAUUUGUCAAACCAUGCAACUUUCUUCCAUUCUUCUAAUGUCCAAUCUCGAUGUUUCUUGGCACACUGCAGACGCAGUUGGCAAUGAUGUGCAGGCUUUGGCCUCCGGCUGUGUAGGCCUAUAUACAGCAAUGUACACAGCACAAUGUGUUGAAAAAUGCUCUCUGGGUUGCCACUAUUGUAGCUGGUGGUGGUGGUUUCGGCUGUUGUAGGACUUCAGUCACGGCGAACAAUGCGUAGCAAUCUCGUGCUCUCCUCUGGAAUCAGCGCGCCAUUGACGACACACUGCUGGCUGUGGCUUGUCAAUACACCACUUUUGAUAUGUGCUGACAAGAACUGCAUGUGAACUGCCCACUAAAUGUACCGUUUCUCAUACUAACAUUCCCAGUCACUGAGCCAUAAAGAUUUGAUCUUUAUCAAAGUCUGAUAAAUCAUCUGCUUUUCCCAUUAUGUCACUAAUCAUGCUAUGUUUGUAAAGACAAUGCAUAGCCACUCUAUGUACUCCAACAUCUGCCACACACGCAUAGUGGUUUUGUUCCUGAGUGAGCCCAUUGUUAUAGAUGGACAAUGGUAAAAAAGUAAUGGCCUUUUUGUGUGUGUAUAUAUAUCUAUCUAUCUUCGAGCUAAAAAGCAGUGUAAAGAGGGAAGCAAAAUAAGUGUGCUAUAGAAAUAAAAAAAAGAAUAUUCACGUGCAGGGGUUAAAAUAACUUUAUCUCUACCUUUUUUUUCCUCCAUUUCUUUCAUAAUUUCUUUCUUAUCUUACAAUUUUGUUUCAAAAGUUACACAAGUACAUAUAUAUCAGAUACAUACAGUAAAUAAGUACAUAUAAGCCAAUUUCAUUAUAAAUGGAAAUUUAAUUAAGGAAUUUGCAAAAUUUUUAGUAAUUUUUUUAUGUAAUAAAUCAACAAAUGCCUACAUUUUUUUAAUUUGGCUGGUUUGAAAAUUUUUAUCCUUCAUCCAAUUCAACUCAAAAUUUCUUUAAAAUUAAAAUGUUUUCUUUUAAUCAAAGUAUUUCCUUCCCUUUAGUAUAGUUUUCCUUUUAGUAUACUUUUAACCAAAGUCUGUAGUAUUAAUUUUUAGGGAUUUAAAAUAAAUAUGUCAGUCAACUAGUAGAGACUAGAUUUUUUGGAUUAUGAAUUAUAAAAAGUCAGUUGUGGUCUCACCAGGAUUCAAACCGUGAAUUUUCGUUUGAUAUUUUUAAUAAGCAUAAAUAAAAAAAUAAAUACAUAAAUAAAAUAAUAUUUGUUUUAACAUAAUAUUUUGUUAUAAUAUAAAUAAAAUAAUAAUAUUUGUUAAUUUAAUAUUUAAAUUAACAAUCAAUGAAUUGAACACUAACACAACAGGAGCAUAUGUAACUUAAUUGACUAAUUGACCAAAUUCAAAUAAUGAUGAGUUAUUGCCCCACCGCAUUUUACCUGGGGACAGCAGACAUUUUAGUUCAGGCAGUGCUGUGAUUAGCAUGCAUGGAAGAAUGUGAUAAUUCUUUACACUACUUUUUUGAGGUCAUAAUACAAUAAAAAUAUCAGCAUUUUAUUACUCAUUAAAUUGUAGAUUUAAGUAAGCUUUUUAUCUGUUUUAUCUUUCUUGCUUCUUUAUUUUAAAGUAAAAAUUUUCUUGGAUAUUGAAAAUUAAAAAUUAUCAUUUAUUAUUAUAACCUGAAUUUGUUAAAAGUUGUUAAAUGGAAAAUUAAACUGUAAUAGUUUUUGAUUUUAUCUUGUUCAUUUAUAUUAUGAUAUCCAAUGUAAAUGUACAUUAUUUGUUUUACAUUAUUUUUGUAAAUUUUUUUAUUUGUUGUGAAGUAAAAAUUCUAAAGCUAUUUAUGAGAUUUUGGAAC